UACUUCCACCCUGCUUCCCUCCUCUCCAUAUACCGUGUCUCGCUCAGCUUGCUAGCCUGACCUACCUCCUGCCUUCCCACUUCUCCUUGCUCCACUGAAAUUAAUCCGGAGGCUGCGGUGCGCGCAUGGAAGAAGGGCUGACGGGCGAGCAGAUGGCGGCGUUCCAGGAGGCCUUCUCCCUCUUCGACAAGAACGGCGAUGGAUGCAUCAGCUUGGAAGAGCUGGCCGCGGUGACUCGCUCCCUCGGCCUCGACCCGACCAACCAGGAGCUCAACGACAUGAUGUGUGAAGUCGACAUGGAUGGGAACGGCACCAUCGAUUUCCAGGAGUUCUUGAGCCUUAUUGUCAGGAAGAUGAAGGACGGGGACGGCGAUGAAGAGCUCAAGGAAGCUUUCGAGGUCCUGGACAAGGAUCGAAAUGGUUUUAUCUCCCCUGUUGAGCUGAGGACGGUGAUGAUCAAUCUCGGGGAGAAGAUGACCGACGAGGAGGUCGAGCAGAUGAUCAAGGAGGCGGACACCGAUGGCGACGGGCAGGUGAACUACGAUGAAUUCGUGCUCAUGAUGAAGAAUGCCGAGCGCAAGAUAAUCGGGUGAACAAAACUAAAUGCUGGUGAUGGAUGGAUGCGGAACCACUGGUUCUCAGAUUGGAUGCACUGUCUCCGUUUCCGUUGUAAAUUCGCUGCUUGUAGUAUUGUUAUUUUCUGAAGCCACGGUAAGCUUGUGUAUUUAUCUUAAGAAGCUGUUUGUGCACUAUAUAUGUAAUGUAACGGCAAUUGCCACAUAUAUUUACACCACGUUCUUUGGUUCUUGCAA